AUGUUUGCGUUAUACAGUUAUUUGUUGUGUUUGUGUUUGUGGACGGCCAAUUCAAAUGUUUUGCGAGGGAAUGACUUGUAUCAGUUGGAUAUAGUGCAUUAUAAUGAUUUUCAUGACAGAUUCGAGGAGACAUCAGUCAUCUACCCAACAUGCGCAUCCAACGACACCUCCUGUCUUGGUGGGUUCGCUCGCCUUUAUCAGGAAAUCCAGACUCUGUUGAAAGAACGUCCAGGAGCACUACUCCUGAAUGCUGGAGACACUUUCCAGGGGACCUACUGGUAUACCUUGCUGAAGUGGAAUGUUACCCAGAGGUUUAUUAAUAUGCUGCCCAACGAUGCUCAUGCCCUGGGCAACCAUGAAUUCGACGACGGCAUACCAGGACUACUACCAUAUAUAAGAGCGAUGAAGGCACCUGUGCUUGCAGCCAAUCUGGCCAGCAGCAACGAGACAGGAUUGAAUAGCUACUACCAGCCGCAUGUGGUGGUGGAGAGAAAGGGACGGAAGAUCGGCAUCAUAGGACUUAUAACUAAGUCUACCGAGCUCUUGUCCAAUGCAGAAGGGGUGACGUUUUUAGAACCAAUCCCUGUAGUACAAAAAGAAGCGCAAUUGUUGACGGACCAAGGAGUUGACAUCAUUAUUGUGCUAUCACAUUGCGGGCUUGAAGUUGACAAACAAAUAGCGAAGCAAGUUGGUGAGAAUAUAGACAUUAUAGUUGGAGGUCACUCGCACAGUCUACUCUGGAACGGGGAGGCGCCGAGUAAGGAAAAAGUUUCUGGACCCUACCCUGUUAUGGUGGAGAGUGAGGCCAAGCCUGGACAUCAGGUCUUAGUGGUGACAGCAUCAGCUUACACCAAGUAUCUGGGCAACAUGACAGCAUACUUUGACAACGCAGGAGAGCUGAAGUCUUUUGAAGGAUCACCCGUCUUCUUAAACCGGUCUAUUCCUGAGGAUCCUGAAAUCAAGGCUCUUCUACAGCCAUAUACGGAAGAACUGCACAAAAUCGUGAAUGAAGUGGUUGGUUCAUGUACUGAUGAUAUGGAGAUGGACUCGUGUGCUUACCAGGAGUGUGCUCUUGGCAACUUCAUUGCAGAAGCAUUUUUGAAUAUCUCACAUGAUCUACACCCAACAGCGCUACCUUCUAUUUCUUUCCUUCAAAGAUCAAUGGUCCGCAGUUCUUUGCUAAAAGGAGACAUCACAAAGGGCUCGAUAAUAAAUAUAUCACCGUUCACAAAUAGAAUGGUGACUUUUGUCAUCUCUGGUAUUCACAUCGUGGAGGCUAUGGAACGGUCAGUGAUGUUCCCUUGGAGACCAAAGCCGUAUACUGGACCUUAUACACCACAUUUUUCUGGAGUGAAAGUAACAAUCAACACAACGUCACAUGAAGUGGUGGAUAUGUUCUUCAGGGUGGGAGACAAGUAUGAGAAGUUCGACGUGAACAGAGACUAUCAAGUCACAACUCUGGACUUUUUGACUAGAGGAGGGAAUGGGUUUGCGAUGUUCAAAGAACACGGUCGCAAUAUGACUGUUUUGGGAGUAGACAGAGAUAUCCUAGAGAGGUACGUCAGGAAAGCAUCACCAAUUGUACCUCACCUGGACAAAAGACUCACCCUAGUUAGCUGA